CCACGUCUCCAUCUCCCUGCAGGCACUGGGAGCCUGGCUGCUGCAGUGGAGACAGCCUCGGGUCGCCAGGCCCUGGUGGUGGGCAAGCCCAGCCCUUACAUGUUCGAGUGUAUCACGGAGCACUUCAGCGUGGACCCCACCCGCACGCUCAUGGUGGGUGACCGCCUGGAGACCGACAUCCUCUUCGGCCACCGCUGUGGCAUGACCACCGUGCUCACGCUCACAGGCGUCUCCCGCCUGGAGGAGGCCCGGGCCUACCUGGCGUCUGGCCAGCAUGACCUCGUGCCCCAUUACUAUGUGGAGAGCAUCGCGGACUUGAUGGAGGGGUUGGAGGACUGAGCCCACCUGACCAGCAACCGCAACCCUCCACCCCGAUCCCGUAGAUGGAGGCGAUGGGCCAAGAGCUGCCGGCCCCUGGGCCCCGUUUUCUGUAGCCUGGUGGGGUUGGGACCCAGGGAAGGUGUUAGGGCCCUCGCGUCCCCUCCCAGUGGUGGCUGGGCACUCUUUGCCGUUCCGGAGGCUGUCCCCCUCCCCCUACCAGUUCGCCCUGGCCUGACCCAGCCAGGUGGCCUUAUUUCCUGCCUCGUGAACUCCCCUCUUUGAAAUCUGGGCCUUGUGCCCACUGAAGAUUUCCCCUAACCCUGACCACUUAAUCCCCAACUCCUUCCCUGGGGCCUCUAGAGCCCUUCCUCCCUCCAGUCCUGGCCUUGGGUUCCUGCUGACCAGUCAGAGGUCUAGGGAACCACCGGCCAUUAUCGUCCUGAUCCCUGAGUGGACCAAUCAGAAGGCAAAGUGACAAUGACCCUUUCAGGUCCUCACUCCUGGGUAGACCGAUCAGAACACCAGGUAAUAAUGACUCACUGGUCUCUUCGAUCCUAAAGAGAACAACCCAGAAGUCUGAGAGAGCGUGGCCUCUUGACAAUCUGGAUCUGACUGGACUAGCUAGGGGUCCAGAUUUCUGUCCAUACGUGUCAAGUGCUGAAGACUCCCACCCCUCCACAAACGUGAUCCGGGGAGGGCCCACCCAACGGCUCUGGGGGUUUCUGUGGCCGAGAGCCCCACGUUUCCCUGAUCAUGGUACUGGUAUCAGUCCAGCGUUGAUGGUGGCCACAGCGGGGGGGGGGGGGGCGGUUGUGUCCCCGUGUUGUCAGUGUUUGCUGUGCCACUUCUGCCCCGUGCCCGCCCCUGGCUAUUUAUUUAUUUAUUUAUUAUUUAUUUAUUUUCGUGUGUCAGUGAUGGUGGGGGUGGGGGCUGGGCCUUCCCGCCACUUCGGCCUCUGUCGUAACCAGCCGUCCCGUACUUAAUAAAGUGCGAGCGGGAGA